AUGUUUGAAUCCCAGCUUGAAGAUUACGGCAGCGAUGAACAGAAAAAACUCAAAGACGGCACAAUAACCGUUUUAGAGUUCUUCAGUCUGUUUAACAUCGACUUCGUUACCCACAAUCCUCGGCAGAGUGUCCUUCCUGGCAGACUUUCAUCUGACACAGACGUCACGCCCCUGGACUUGUUAAGAAGCAGACACAUUAAUCGUCCUAAACAGGCGGUCUACAAGGCAGACAUCCAGACCCUGACGGCAAAAGUGGAAGAGUUGAAUGUUCGGCUGCAGGAUUUAAACAAACCUCUCAGGGUCGUAAACCAACGUUUGUGGGAAGAAAUGAGACACUUCUCAGAAGAAGAGCUCCAACGUUUUCGAGCUAAACUGAAAGAGAGAAACAACUUCUUCAGAAAAAGCAGCAGAUCGCAGUCGCAUGAAACAAAGGAGGUGCUCUACUCCGAGCUCGUGCGGGUUAAUCUGGAGGAGCAGCAGAAACUGAGAGGAACCAUCUCAAAGGCCGACGAGAUGCUGAGUCAACUGGACGGCUGCAUUUCAGAAUUAGAAACAGGUAGAGCCAUGACGGAGGAAAAACCUGCACAAAUUGCUGAGCUGAAGCUGCAGAAGGAGCAGAAUUCAAGUACGCUAAAGAAGCUGAAAACUGAGACGAAGAACCUGCAGAGCAGAAUCGACACGCUCCAUCUGUUGAAUGAGUGGCGGCUCAGAGACACGGUGGACGACUGUACGACCUACACUUUUCUUCACAACACCCUGCUCCUGCAGCUGACGUUUGAAAAGCUCCAUGGGAACGAUGCUGGCAGCGGGUCUGAGAGGAAGAUGACAAACGUUUCCUUCAGAUUCGAUCUCGAUGGCGACAAGUCGCAGUUCCACGCCUGCCUUGUUCACAAACUGGUCUCCCAGCACAUCGAGGGCCAGUCGUCCUGGGUGGACAAAUACCCAACAAGUAGACACGUUCCGAAGCUGCUCCACGACGUGAGCCUCGUGGUGAGUCCCUUCCGUCUGCUCGGAGAGGAGCUGCGUCUGCUGAAAACGUGGGGAGCUCUUCGAUUUGAUAUCCUCGAUAUCGGCCGCAGGGAGACUGAGUAA